AUGACGAACAUGUCGUCGUUAUUAAUAGGAAAGACGGUCACCCCCUUUCUCAGAGAACACAUCCCCAGUCUCUAUGCUCCCAUCGGCAAGCCAAACAAUGAAGAGACGGCUCGGGCCAAGAACCCCAACACCAGAUACUGCUACCGCCACCGGCCAGACUCCAAGUGUCGACGAGCUGCCGACGAAGCCAAGAUGAUUAUGAUCCAGAACGAGCUCGACAAGCUCACACCAGCAGUAUGUCCUGACCUUUUUUUGUCGUUGUCCAUUUUAAAGUUGCGGCUUAUGGUUGCCAUCACCCACGUGUGGUCUCUGUUCUCUGCGGCCCCUGCCCGCCAUCGCGAGCUCAUGCUGCAAGGUGUCUUGUCACAGCUCUGCUUCCCCCAGCUUUCCCUCAUCUCGAGAGAGGUCAACGAGGCCCUCAAGAUCGACUUCAUCACCGCCCUCCCCGUCGAGCUAUCCCAGAAAAUUUUGUGCUACCUCGACACCGUCAGCCUCACCAAGGCUGCUCAAGUCAGCCAGCGAUGGCGCCAACUAGCCGAUUCGGAUGCUGUCUGGGUUUACAUGUGCGAGCAACACGUGAACAGGAAAUGCACCAAGUGCGGUUGGGGUCUACCUCUCCUGGAGCGCAAACGAUUGCGCAACUAUACCAGACAACGCCAAAUGGCCAAGGACAAUUCGAAUGGCAGAAUCGAGGAGAUCCAUGAUUCGGAAAACAGCGUCGUUACCCAGAACGGUAAGCGACUAGCCGACUCGUCUGACGAUGAGCCAGAUGGAAAGCGCCGCCGCGUCGACGAGUCCGAGUUCAAGCAGCGCAAGUGGAAGGAUGUGUACAAGGAUCGGUGGGAAGUUGGCUACAACUGGAAGGUUGGACGUUGCACCGUGCAUACUCUGAGAGGUCACACCAAUGGCGUUACCUGUCUUCAACUGGAUGACCAUAUCCUGGCGACUGGUUCCUACGACGCCACCAUCAAGAUCUGGAAUAUCGAAACCGGGGAAGAAAUCCGAACGCUUCGAGGGCACACACGGGGCAUCCGCGCCUUGCAGUUUGACGACUCCAAGCUGAUCAGCGGCAGUUUGGACAAUACUAUCAAGAUCUGGAACUGGCACACGGGCGAGUGCAUCUCUACCUUGGCAGGCCAUACCGACGGCGUUGUCAGCUUGCAUUUCGAAGGCCAGCUGUUGGCGAGCGGCUCCAUCGACAAGAGCGUCAAGAUCUUCGACUUCAACUCGAAGGAGGCCUUCUGUCUCAAGGGCCACACCGACUGGGUCAACUGCACCCGGCUUGACACGGCUAGCAGGACAGUCAUGUCGGCAUCGGACGAUACCACCAUCAAACUAUGGGAUCUCGACACACGGCGGGUUAUCCGGACGUUUGAAGGACAUGUUGGCCAUGUCCAGCAAGUCCUUCUCCUCCCGCCAGAAUAUGAACCUGAUGAUGAGCUGCUGAACGGGCUUAGUGGUCCCGGCGACAACUCGGAUUCGGUGUCCGUUUCCAGCGGCCGUAGCGGGACUCCCACAGUUUCCUUCGUCCACACGGAUCGCCCUACCAGCUCACCUGCGCGUGAUGACGAACUUAGGGCACUCUAUGGCGCUGGCUUCGAGUCUGAGACGACGCGCCCAUUACCGGCCCGUUACUUCCUCUCGGGUGGCUUGGACAGCACCAUCCGGCUGUGGGAUAGCGCAACGGGCAGGUGUUUAAAAACAAUGUUUGGCCAUUUGGAGGGUAUUUGGGCGCUGGCCGGCGACACGAUUCGCGUCAUUAGUGGGGCCAACGACGGCAUGGUCAAGUGCUGGGAGCCGCGGAGCGGAAAGUGCGACGCCACCUAUACGGGGCAUAGGGGUCCAGUAACGUGUGUGGGUCUCAACGACAGCCUCCUGGCGAGCGGGAGCGAAGACGGUGAAGUGCGCCUUUAUUCCUUCAAGGCUCCAAAUUAG